AUGGAGCAAAAAUUACCAACAAUCACUAAGAAAAUAUGGAGUUUGGUGCGUGCGAUAUUCUUCACGUUGAAAAAAGAUAUUUCCAAAAAGAAGUUCUUGCUUCAUUUUAACACGGUGAUGAAGCGUGACAAGAUCGCCGAAAAAUCACCUGCCGGUGAAUACGAAUUCAGUUGCAGGGACACCCCUCCUUACCCACUCUCUCUCUUUUCCGCCCGCAACAAACACAAAAACAACCGUCUUGCUAACCCUAACCCGCCUCUGGCUGUGGACGAUUAUAAUGACGACAUAACAAUAGACCCAGCCGUCAUUAAGGUUCUCAAUAUGAUGACAAACCCCGCAGUUGAGAAUAUGAAGAUAAGAGACUCACCGGUUCCAGUAGCUCAAGGUUACGAAGAUGGUCAGGUGGAUGAUGCUGCUGACAAGUUCAUAAGAAGGUUUUUUAGUGAUCUGAGACAGCAAAAUAUAUGA